GUCCAGGCAGAUGGGACGGACGGUAACUGCGUCACGUUUGUGUUGCACGAUGAGGACCACACGCUCGGCAACUCCCUCCGAUACAUGGUCAUGAAGAACCCCGACGUGGAGUUCUGUGGCUACUGCAUCACACACCCCUCUGAAAGCAAGAUCAAUUUCCGGAUCCAGACCAGAGGGUCUCUUCCUGCCGUUGAGCCAUUCCGGAAGGGGCUGAAUGACCUGAUGGGUGUUUGCCAACACGUGCUCAACACCUUUGAGAGGAGCAUGAAGGAAUACAGGGCCCAGAGGGAGGAAGAGAUGCAGUAG